AUGCCGGGGCGGGUGGGUGAGCUCUUAGGACCGGCCUCACCCUUCGGCAUUAAACCAUGGGGGCUGCAAGGUGGCGAGGGAGGGUCGGGUAUCCCACGCAAGGCAGGAGGUGGGCAUGGACGCCUUGCUCAGCCUGUGCUGGAUGUCCACAAGCACAUGUCUGAAUCAAAGCAAUCUCUUUUUUUUUCAGGUAUCCUUGAAUUCAUCAGUGUGGCUGUGGGACUGGUCAGUAUUAGAGGCGUGGACAGUGGCCUUUACCUUGGAAUGAAUGAGAAGGGAGAACUCUAUGGCUCUGAGAAACUAACUUCUGAAUGCAUCUUCAGGGAACAAUUUGAGGAAAACUGGUACAACACUUACUCAUCCAACGUGUACAAACAUGGAGAUUCGGGGCGGCGAUACUUCGUAGCACUUAACAAAGACGGUACUCCCAGGGAUGGGGCAAGGUCCAAAAGACACCAGAAAUUCACCCAUUUCUUGCCCCGGCCCGUGGAUCCUGAAAGAGUUCCAGAACUGUACAAAGAUGUAUUAGGCUACAGCUGA